GGGACGCUCCUGGGGCUGGCCCUAUGUGCGGUGAGCGGUGCUGCUUUUCUCUACCAUGACUACUGCAUCAUCGGGGCCGGCCCCUCAGGCUUGCAGGCGGCCUAUUUCCUCCAGCGAGCCGGCCGGGACUACGUUGUCUUUGAGCGCAGCCAUGCUCCUGGCAGCUUCUUCGCCCUCUACCCUCGCCACCGCAAGCUCAUCAGCAUCAACAAGCGGUACACGGGCAAAUCCAAUGCCGAGUUCAACCUGCGCCACGACUGGAACUCGCUUCUCAGCCACGACCGCCGGCUGCUUUUCCGACGCUACUCCCGCGACUUCUUCCCCGACGCUGACGCGAUGGUGCGUUACCUGGAGGAUUUUGCUUCCUUGCUGAAGCUGCAGGUUCAGUACAACACGGCCAUCGUCCACGUGACGCUGGAGAGGGACGAACAGGCCUGGAAUGGCCACUACUUCCUCCUGACUGACCAGGAUAGGCAGAACUACAAGUGCAGCUCUUUGUUGGUUGCCACUGGGACGUGGGUCCCCAACGUGGUAAACUUUCCUGGCUCAGAAUAUGUUGAGGGUUAUGAGACUGUGUCCAUCAACCCGGAGGAUUUUGCUGGCCAAACUGUGUUGAUCUUGGGCCGAGGGAACUCAGCCUUUGAGACGGCGGAAAACAUUCUGGGCGUCACGAAUUUUAUCCACAUGGUGAGCCGGUCCCGUGUACGCCUCUCGUGGGCCACCCACUACGUCGGGGAUCUGAGAGCAAUUAACAACGGCCUGCUGGACACCUACCAGCUGAAAUCUCUGGAUGGGCUUUUGGAGGGCAACCUGGAAGAUCUGGCUAUCAUCAAGGACAAGAAAGGAAAGCUGCACAUCACGCUCAGAUUCUACCUGGAGAACAGGAACAUCAGCGCAGGCAUUGAGUCCAUCACCCUCCCGCAGGAUGAACUGGAUAACUUUGCCACCCGUGCACCUUACGACCGUGUCAUCCGCUGCCUGGGCUGGAAGUUUGAUUUCUCUAUCUACAACAGAUCCCUUAGAGUGAUGCCAGGAAAAGGCAAUAAAAAGAAGUAUCCUCAGAUCAAACCCAGCUACGAGUCCAGAGGCACGCGGGGGCUCUUUGUUCUCGGCACUGCUAGCCAUUCUGUUGACUUCAGGAAAUCUGCUGGGGGCUUCAUCCAUGGGUUCCGGUAUACAACUCGUGCAGUCCACCGCCUAUUGGAAAACCGUCACCAUGGUGUCCCCUGGCCAUCCACAGUCUACCCUAUUACACAGCUGACCAAUUCCAUCAUCAAGCGGGUGAACGAGGCCUCGGGCCUCUACCAGAUGUUCAGUGUCCUGGCUGACAUCAUACUGCUGAGAGAGAAUUCCACAGCAUUUGAAUACCUGGAAGAGUACCCGGUUGGAGUCCUGGCCGAGCUGGAAAUGCAGACGGGGAGAAAGGCUCCCAGUGGGCUGUUUGUCAUCAUCAUGGAGUACGGGAGGAAUUUCUCAGGGGCUGACAAGGAUGUCUUCUACUACAACCGAGCUGUGGGAGAGGCACAGCAUGCCUGGCAGUCCAACUUUUUACACCCUGUUAUUUACUAUUACAAACGCCUCCCAACAGAGCGUGAGAUGAGACUUCGGCCCCCAGAUUGGCCUCUCCCCCGCCCAGAUGCCAUCCAUCACAUUGUGGAGGACUUUCUGACAGACUGGACUGCCCCCAACGCUCACAUCCUGCCACUGAGGCGGUUUUUGGAGAACUGCCUCGGCACUGACCUGCGCAAUUUCUUUGCAGAGUCCUGUUUCCUCUUUGCCUUCACCCGUCAGAAGCUGCCUCCCUUCUGUCAGCAGGGGUACGUGAGAAUGCAAGGGCUCGUGGGGAGCGAGGGGCUCCGGCGCCAUGCGGUAGAAGCCGGGCUGCUGGAGGAUUACACUCUCACAGACUUUUCAGGCGACAGACCCCCUGACAGCCACGAAGGGUCACAGGACCAGCUGCUGAGUGAUCAUGCAAUACCAGUUCGUCCACUGCAGCAUCUUGUUAACGCCAAGGACGAGCUUUAA